AUGGCCGCACAGAAUCAAGGUUAUUUGCGCAGAUUGUGGCACGAAUAUUGUCUCGGUAGUAGCGUGUACCCUUCGCGAUAUCUGGCUAUGCAGCAGCUGACCAUGGCGGAACGGCUUUGGUGGGUUUUUUGGCUCAGCAGUGCCAUUGCUGCUUGUAUACUGUCCGUCGUUCUGGCCUACCGGCAGUGGGCCUCUAGUCCGGUGUAUAUCAGCUAUGGGAACAACUUGGUUCCCACCUGGGAUAUACCGUUUCCAGCCGUGACGAUAUGCCCGAUGACCCAGACAAAGGUGGAAUAUCUGAACCUAUCGGAUGCUUAUCGACGAUUGAAUGAUGACGUGGAACUGGAGAAUUAUGAAUACGUGUACCUCCGUGCGGUGACACAUGUAUGUCCGAUGGUUGACUUAUGGUACACGUUCUAUGAACCGUUACGGAUGGAUGUUAUCAAAGUUUUACAAAGUAUCGCAAUACCGAUGGAGGAUAUGUUCGCCGCCUGUAGAUUAAGGAAAGUUCAAGUUCCGUGCUCUGCGAUCAUUUCGCAAUCAAUAACGCAAUUGGGCAUCUGUUACACAUUCAAUGCAAUUUCCAGUGAUGAUUUGUUCAAGAAAGAUAAUCUUCAACGCGAGUACAGCUAUUCUAGUGCUAACAUCAAGUCGGAAGGAUGGACUUUGGAGGAUGGAUAUCCGCACACGGGAGAUGCAAAUACUUAUCCGUUUCGUCCGAUUGGAAUUGGUAAAAAAUCUAGUCUUGGACUCGUUUUAAUUUCGAGAAAGAUCGACCAAGAUUCUUGUUGCAAUGGUCCAUUUAAUGGAUAUUAUGUAUCCGUUCAUCGUCCGGAUGAAGUACCUUUGUUCCGAUCACAAUAUUUUCGAUUGCCGCAUUUAAGUUUUCUGAGUUUGAACAUAAAACCGGAAUUAACAUUUAUUUCGAAAGCUUUGCAAAAGAAUAACUUUGAGAGACGCCAGUGCUAUUUCAGCGGAGAACGUGAAUUAAGAUACUUCAAAGUGUACAAUUAUAACAACUGUUUGCUUGAGUGUAUUGCUAAUUAUACACUACAGCAGUGUGGUUGUGUGUCGUUCGAUAUGCCAAGGAGCGCCGAAGUGCAUGUCUGUGAUGCUUCUGAGAAGUUUUGCUAUGAGGACGCUGCCGACGAUGUUGUGGCCUCCUAUGAUGAGUUAAAUACGACAGACGAAUGGCAGGAACCGUGUGGAUGUGUACCGCCAUGUACUACCCUUAAGUACGACGUUGAAAUCUAUAGAUUGCCAUUAGAUUUUAAUUCGUUUGCUAAGGCUGCUGGGAAUCUAUCUAGAAACUAUACAGGCAUUGAGCCUGCGAUGCUAAAUAUAGGGUUCAAAAAUAACUGGAUGCUUCCCCUGCAGCGUCGGGAAAUGAUGGGACUCAGCGAUAUAUUAUCACAUUUUGGUGGCCUAUUUGGACUCUUGAUGGGAGCUAGUGUGAUCAGUUUACUGGAGCUGUUGUACUUUUGUUUCGUUCGACCUUGCAGGAAUGACAUUCCGGCUGAUUCAACUGGAGUUCGCCAGGUGCUACCUUGGAGGCCCUAG